UACCUCCAGAAAACGGACAACAAACUCUACCCCCCUGCCUCCCAGCGCCGUUUGCCAAGAAGCGGCACCGGGGAAGAGGAAAUACUGCAUAUUUUAGAGAGAGGUAGCAGUGUGCAUCUUCAGAGCCAAAAAGGCCCUGAGUGCAUAGUAUGGGAGCACUAUGUUGUCCAGGAAGGGACUCAUUCCUGAGGAUUACUUGCUAACACGUUUGGCAGAGGAUGUCCUGCAGCCCAAAUUCAAGGCGAAACCGAGGAAGGCUCGGUUCGUCGCCAAGAGCGGCACCUGCAAUGUGGCGCACACGAACAUCCGCGAACAGGGCCGGUUCCUGCAGGACGUCUUCACCACUCUGGUGGAUUUAAAAUGGCUUCACACUCUUGUCAUUUUCACCAUGUCGUUCCUGUGCAGCUGGCUCCUUUUCGGGAUGAUCUGGUGGCUCAUCGCCUUUGCGCACGGGGACCUGGACCAGAGAGGAGACGACUUCGUCCCGUGCGUAACGGACAUCCACUCCUUCGCCUCCGCUUUCCUCUUCUCCAUUGAGGUCCAAGUGACCAUCGGUUUCGGAGGCCGCAUGAUCACGGAGGAGUGCGUCUCCGCCAUCGUGAUGCUGAUUGUGCAGAACAUAGUCGGCCUGGUGAUCAACGCCAUCAUGCUCGGCUGCAUCUUCAUGAAAACUGCGCAGGCCAACCGGCGCGCCGAGACGCUCAUUUUCAGCAAGCACGCCGUCAUCUCCGUCCGCAACAACAAGCUGUGCUUCAUGAUCCGCAUCGGGGACCUGCGGAAAAGCAUGAUCAUCAGCGCCACCGUGCGGAUGCAGGUGGUGAGACGCAGCACCACCGAGGAGGGCGAGGUGGUGCCUCUGGACCAGAUCGACAUCCACAUGGACAACCCGGUGGGCACGAACGGCAUCUUCCUGGUGUCGCCGCUCAUCAUCUGUCACGUGAUCGACAAGGACAGCCCGCUGUACGAGGUGUCCGCCUCCGACCUGCAGCACGACGACAUCGAGGUGAUCGUGGUGCUGGAGGGCGUGGUGGAAACGACGGGCAUCACCACGCAGGCCAGGACGUCCUACGUGUCGGAGGAGAUACUGUGGGGGCAGCGCUUCGUGCCCACCGUGUCCGAGGAGGACGGCAUGUACGCGGUGGACUACUCCAAGUUCGGCAACACCGUCAAGGUGCCGACGCCGUGCUGCAGCGCCAAGAGACUGGACGAGGCGGGCGGCAUCGCCCAGUUUAAGAUGAGCGAGGGCGGCCCCCUGCGGACCGUCCUGAGGCGGCGCCGGACCUCCACGGUGGUCAAGCAGCCGAGCAGCAGCAGCUAGGGCAGGAUGUGUCUGAUCCAGCAUUUUGUAUGAGAAAUAAUCAAAUUGGGUCGGUUUAUUUUUGACAUCCAUGAAUGGCAAUAAUUGUAUUUCUUUAUGGUGUGUUAUGUCUUGUGAUUUUCUGAUAUCAGUAACACUGCACUACCGCAGUAGGGUUAGUGGUGAGUUCAGGGGACAGACCUGUCUGUCCUUCACUCAUCAGUCCAAAAAAUGUGUGCACGCAUCAAAGUUAUUUACUCAGGGUACGCAAGUCUGAAAAUGCACAAUCAAUACAUAAUGCGCUGAUAUUUAUUUAAUGUGACUGUUAUACAACCUGAGUGUUAAUGUGACACUGCAAAAGGGGGGGAAACACCAGAGUUUAGGUGUGUUAGAGAGUUUCUGCAAAAAUAAAAAUAAAGCACUUUGUAAGGUUAGAUAUGAUUGCAUGAU